GAAUAUCAACUCACAUUUCACUCAAACUUUGUAGUAAGUUUACUCCACUACGAAGAUGCGUUCCAUCAGUGUUGUGUUGGUACUCGUUGCAGUUGCUAUAGCAAACGCGUCAAUCACGCCAAAACCACAUUACGAUAUAGAUAAAGCUCCAGAAUUGUAUGAGCAGUACCUUAAGGACUACAACAAGCAUUACAAGGAUGAAGCUACCAAAAAUGAGCAUUACCUAGCAUUUGUCAAGGCCUUAAAAAAAAUUAACGAAUAUAAUGCAGAGCCCAACAAUACUGCAGUAUUCGGUCUUAACCAAUUCACUGAUUAUACCGAAGAAGAGUGGAGAAAGAUGUUUCCAGGAUUUCCAACGUUAGCACCUGCAGUCAGCAACUGAUGACGAAUAUUACACAACCGCAUCUAUCGAGUUGGAUUUAAACUUAACAAUAAAGAAUGAUCAUUA